UUAUCCUCAAAAACCUAUUUAAGUGUGCUGUAAGAAAUAGGGCUUAACUUUGUCAAAUAAAUUAACUACUUCAAUGGCAAGGUGUCUUUUCUGUUGAAAAUAAAAUAAUAUUCUGGAGAAUUGUAUGGCUACAUUGCUGUAGAAGUGUAGAAGUGUCUCUUUCACAGUUUUCUAUUUGCAUCAUCUUGGCAGGAAAUGCAUGUUCAGUGAUUGUCAUAUUUUUUCUUCUUCAUUUGAAUGAACUGCUAGGGUUGAGCAAUGGACCAUGCACGAACAAUUUACCACACAUUUAUUUAGUCGUUUUCAUGGUUAUUUUCAUUAACAUUUUUGAAUUUAUAUACAUAUUGCAUUGAGUAUGCCCUACUUUAAUGGCUUAUUGCUUGAAAAGUCACUAAUUCCAUGGAAAUAUGCCAAAUUAAAUUAGUAUUAUUUUGCAUAUAAUAACCGAUUUAGAGCUUUCUGAGGUAAAUGUUAACUUUUGCAGUAAUGGGUUGACUGGCACACAGCCUCUUUUGUGCUUUAUUUCCACAGAGAAUCAUUGAAGAUGAACACAGAGGAAAAACAAGAGCUCAAGUCAUCAAAAGAUGAAACGAUGGACGUUAGCAGCGCUGUGACAGAUGAGAGGCCACAGGCAGAGGAGGAGGAGAGAGGAGAAGAGGCAGGGGAGAGACAGGGAGAGGAAGAGGAGGCCCCAGAGAAGACCUCAGAGAGUGGAAUGGAGUGCUCAGAGGGAAUGACAGAUGGGGUUCCCGUGAAAACUGAGAGUGAAGAGUAUGACGGCAAUGACGAUCAGUACCCCAAGAGUGAAGAAGAAGGUGAACGAGACAAUUACCUUUAUGAAGAAGAGGAAGAGGAGGAGAAGGAAAGGGAGGAGGAUGACGAAGGAGAAGAAGAGGGGGAAGGGGAGGAAGAGGGACAAACCCUUAACGAACCACAGGACCUGUCUCUGGCAGAUUAUGUAAAGUAUGAGAGCACAGGCCUGCAGGACGCCCACACCGACUCCUCGUUGUACACAGCAGAACCCCGCAGCCAGGCAGCAGGCAAGCUCAACUGUGACAUCUGUGGCCUGUCCUGCGUCAGCAUCAAUGUGCUGCUCGUGCACAAGCGAAGCCACACCGGUGAACGUCCGUUCCACUGCAGCCAGUGUGGUGCCUCCUUCACCCAGAAGGGAAACCUGCUUCGCCACAUCAAACUGCACUCCGGGGAGAAGCCCUUCAAGUGCCCUAUGUGCAGCUACGCCUGCCGCAGACGAGACGCCCUCAGCGGACACCUGCGCACUCACUCAAUAGAGAAGCCCUACAAGUGCAACCACUGCGGUCGCAGUUACAAGCAGCGCAGCUCCCUUGAAGAGCACAGAGAGAGGUGCCAUGUGUAUAUCCAGAACAAAGGCAACGCUGAGAGAGCCGGUGAGGACACCCACGUGUCCAGGACUACUCACAUGGGCACGGAGCGCGCUCUGCUACUGGACAGGUUGGCGAGCAACGUAGCCAAACGCAAGAGCUCUAUGCCACAGAAGUUCACUGGGGACAACGGCGUGUGUCUGGACCUGAGCUUCAACAGGGAGCUGAUCCACCGCUCUGACGUCAUGGACCCUCCCCUCACCUCCCCAGGAUCCGAGAACCAGCACAUCCACCAGCCCCUCUACACAGGCCAGGACCCUGACUCUGCCUCCCCCCACAGGGCCUACCCCAUCCCCCUGAGCCGCGCUGACAUGAGUCCCCUGGCCCUCACCAAUGGUCACAAGCUGGAGCAGCAGCAGAGCACUGGUCUCGCCUACCUGCCCCGGCCCAGCCAGGGCCACCCUAGCAUGGACUCACUCCACGCCGAUCGGGCCCAGCUCUCCCAGCCUCUCAUCUACAGCCUGGGGCACCUGCUGGGGCCCAGUCCCCACAACAGCCUCCCACACCCCCAUACCCAGGCUCACGCACUCCCAAUGCCCCCCCUAGAGGCUCUGAGGGUGGUAAGGAGCGAGGGGGAGGUAGGGGUUGGGGUAGGUACAGGAGCGGGGGCGGUGUACCCCUGCGGUCAUUGCAGGGUGUGGUUUCUGGACUACGUCAUGUUCACCAUCCACAUGGGCUGCCACGGCUUCCGUGACCCACUGGAGUGCAAUGUAUGUGGCCACCGUAGCCGGGACCGCUACGAGUUCUCCUCACACAUUGCGCGCGGCGAGCACCGCCUGGAGUUGAAGUAGUAUAGACACAUUUGCACGUGAACACACACACACACACACACAUACACCCAUACAUAUAGUCAGACUCCUAAACGGAAUAAUGCAUACACAUUUAUACACUUACACACAUGAAUUGUGUACAUACAUUACAUACACACAAAAAUUAUCUCAGGGACUUUCCUUUUUGUUUUUAAUUAGCACCAG